AUGGCACAGACCAGGCAUGAACCGCGGUCCGAUAGCGCUGGCAAUUGUACAUCAGCAACACCAAGAAAGAUCUCCGAGAAGGAGGGUUGCCGCGCCGCGCUUGAAUUGAAAUCGACAGUCCAGCUGAAAUUUGAGUUCAAUCGAUGGCAGGUCAAAAAUGCAGGGACUGAGGGUGAGGAAGAAGAGGGACUGGAACCGUGGGACGUGGAGGAGGAAGGGGAGGGGGAGGGGACUGGGCGUGGGGGUAAAGAGAGGGGGGCAAGUGUUGAGCAAGGGCUGGGUCGGGAGGAAGGAAGGAAAGCAACGCAGAUUGCAGGCAAGAAGCAGGCACGGCAGGCUGGCAGGUACGGAGAGCAGGAGCAAAGUCGAACAAGUGCAAGAGCAGUCGGUCGGGUGUGGGUGGACCUGCUGCUUUUGCCUAUCAAUCCUUUCCUCACAAUUACGGAUGCGGAUGCCCAUUUUCUUUUCCCACCCUCGGUCAAGGCCUUAUUCCUGGGUAUUCACAGAUACGGGCAACGAGCUGAUAUCUUUCAGUUUCCGAGUCAGCCCGCCACGGGGAUUUGGAGUAAUGUCUGUACGGAAUGCAGUCUGCACAGAAUGUACAGAGACGGUACUCCGUAUCUAAGAUACCAUGACAUUCACCCCCGAGCUCGGGAUACCUUUGACUCGGAUAUCAGAACGCCAUUGCCGUCUUCGUCCUCACGACCGCAGGGAGCGAAACGCAACGGUCACGGCAACGGCAACUGCAAGUCGCAGUCCACUCAAGGCACACCAUCAUGUCUUGCCCUGCGAUGCAGCGAUGCACCCUGGACAGCGCGGGAGAGGCCAUCUCGUCAUCUGUUGGUCAAGGCCCUAGCCAGCGACAAGUGGAUGACACCCGCCGCCGGACCACCACUGACCACUGAUCAUAACGGCACAGAACGGAUACCACUCUGGGGAGAGGAAGGGGCACGGCACGCACGGGUGGGAACUUGGGAAGAAGCACACACAUUGAGUUUCCUGUCACCGGGAACCACGAUGGAGUCCACGGCUUGCACGGGGUCCCAUAAGUGGCCCGAUUCGGCUCUGCUACAUAGCUUAUUCCAGCCCGGAUACACCACCCUUUGGCCUUAUGGAUGUCAUGUAUCUGUAAGCCGUACGAGGCCAUCUCAUCCGUCUCACGCACCUCCCUUCCUUGCCACGCCGUGCGGGUCAGAUCCGGUCCCGCCCGUAGUCACGGGCAGUAGCGGCGCUCAAAGCAAUAGGGUGCCUUGCGGAUUCAAUCUGCUUCCCCAACGCAAGGCAAGGGCAAAGGUACCUCAUGUGCAUCUGCACCUGCUGCUUCGCACUGGCACUUCCUAUCUCUGCCUCGACAUAGUACCGCGCCGCCUGUGCCUUGUCAUGUCAUGCCAUGCCAUGCCACGCCACUGCCAUGCCUUCCCAAUCAUAUCUCUACCGGCUUACACCAGCUUCGGCCAUACGGUUGGAACAGACAAUCGCCAUUCUGACCAAUGUCUCUUCCAGAUAAUCGAGCCCACAAUUACCGCCCUCUUGAUGUAUCUUUUUUUCCAACGCCCAGAGCUCGCGAAAAUUAAUUGGGAUGUACGAGACAACAUCAACCAACAGGCAGAGUGGCGUUACCAAGUAUGCCUCUUCACACCGCCCGCUGUAGCUCACGCGACACCGCUCCAAGCCUCGAUUCGGACCAAUAGUGUCAAUCCCAAAGUCGGAGGACAAGAGAACCCCACACAACCAACAGAUACGAUACCUUUCCAAUGGCGCCCGAGUCUUCAACUAGCAACUAGUAUCCGUCUACCAGGCCCUGUGGCUGGAUUCUCGCAAUCCUCGUGCGGAAUCGGCCGCAUCGACGCAACUCCUGAAAGUACAUGGGCUGGUUUUACCUGUCAAAGAACAACCACUCGGUCCCUUGGAGACAUGUUGAAGAGUUUCACUGCAUAUCUGCCAACUUGCCCGACUGAGCAGCUCAAGAUAAUACUUUGUACUUAUCAAAAUCCCACAUCGAUGCCCGCACCCCCAUCCGUCUACCGCACUACGCCUCCGACUUACCCCUCGCCAUUUUCGGCCGUCUACUGCCACUCGCCUUUCCUUCUUCGGGCUUGGUAUCUCACCCCCUUGCGCCUUGGGGAAUCCGAGGUCAACCUCGUCCGCCACACCAUGGCUAAAUCGAGACUAACUCCCCCGGCGCCCAUCAUAUUGCGUCCCUCGAAGCUGAAAUUGCUUUCCAGGGUUCUUUGUGUCAAAUCCACGUGGAAGAGCAGAGAACCGCCAGGGAGAAACGAACGGCGAGCCAGUUCCAGACUAUCGAAGAAUGGCAUCAGGUACAAGAACAAGUUGACAAGGGGGUCGUCAAGCCAUGCUUGGGGUUAUCAACACGGCGAUUUUGGCCACAGCGUCGCUGCCACUUGCGUGUCGAUGGCGUUGCUAAAACGCGGCGCAGGCUACCUCAAUCUUCCAGCUUCUACGAAUUACUGGCAAAAACUAAUUCCCGCGGGAAUUUCAUAUCACCUAGGAGCGUGUCCGCUGCCGUGGUUGACUGGUACACACUACUUCGAAGAUGGCACCGUCACAACGGCCCGAUUCCGCGCUCUGAACGAUCCUCCAAAGUCCAAGGAGCCCCAGCCUCAAUCCUCAUACUCAGUAGUCAGCAGUUGGCUGCGGCUGUUGACUUUUUGUCUGUGUGCCUGUGCACCUGUCUCUUAUGAUCUGCUUCGGUAUCCGAUACUGGCGGCUUGCUCACCAGGCAGAAUUACUCUACGCCUUAUGGUUCUCACUAGCCGUGCGUUGUCAUCCGAUCGACAAAACGUCACCAACGUCCGUGUGACGUCAGAAACUCGGUCUCGGCAAAAUCCCGGCGAGAUCAUUGAGGGUGCUUUGAUGAACCGCGUCUUGGCGCCUUUUUCUUUUCGUGAAGUUUUCGGUCUUAUGAAACGGAAAGUCGGAUAUGACUACAUUGAACCCCUCCCCCACGGGUGUCCAGAAUAUAGCUCAAAGUCGGGCAUGAAAGAUGAAAGGGUUCGGCCCCCUCCACAGCGAGCUGUCUAG